AUGGCCGACGGGGGUGGCGGAUUUUUCAAAAUUUCUCUAUCAAUAUUUCAAGAAAACUGUGAUUACGAUGAUGAUGAUGAUUCAACAAUUCAGAAUAGGAAUCGAAGAUGUCUGUAUUUCGAAGGUGGUAGCGCAACGCCCUCAGCGACAGCAGCGCCCAGUCGCGCCCACAGCAGCGCCAACCGCACCGGACACGUGGUCACCAGCCACAAAACGAGCGUCACCAGGAGCGCGCAACGAGCGGCCCCGCGCCCUCAGCAGCGUUCAGCGCCCAUCGGGCGGCGUCAGUGCACCACCAGCGGCACCCACCCACGUGCUCACCAGGAGCACGCACAGCGCGGCCACCGCGCCCUAGCAGCGUCACCCGCGCCGCCAGCCGCGUUAUCAGCAGCGCAGACCCAGCAGCGUCCCGCGCCGUGCAGUGCCACCCACGUGGCCAUCAGGUGCCCACAGAGCACCACCAGCAGCGCCAACAACAGCGCCGGACACGUGGUCAUCAGCCACACAACGAGCGUCACCAGGAGCACGCAACGAGCGGCCCCGCGCCCUCAGCAGCGUUCAGCGCCCAUCGGGCGGCGUCAUUUGCACCACCAGCAGCACCCACCGAGUGCAUACCGAGUGCCCACCGAGCGCCACCAGCAGCGCCCACAGCAGCGCCCAUCAGCAGCGCCCAACCGCGCCCUCAGCAGCGCCAACCGCGCCGGAUACGUGGUCACCCGCCACGCUACGAGCGCCACCAGGAGCGCCCAACGAUCAGCACCGCCGCUCACCAGCCGCACUCACCAAGCGCCAACGGGAGCGCCAGCCGCAACCACAUCGGUCAGCCAGUGCCGCACGUCAGCAGCACCUGCCGUGCGCCCAGCGCCCAGUCACGCCACUAGGAGCGCUCACCGAGUGAUCCCCAGCAGAGCCAUCGGCAGCGCCACCGCGCGUAUGCCCGGUGUCUCGGGAAAGAAAACGUCAGAGGACGCAGAAUCAAAGCCAGAUCCGGCAGCUGCCGGACUGAAAGAGGACAGGUUUUUCACCGCAUCCGGGGACGAACUACGACCACGAUUGGCAUCCUUCAUCGGCGGAGGAGACCAGAGCCCGGCUCUACGAGAGCGCUUUGCCGCACUGGAGGCAAUAUACCCGGAAGCACCCACCCAGAGGACGUCCACCAGUCGGGCCACCUCACCGAUGCCCGGAAUUGAGGAUCACACGCUUCCCGUGCCCUGCUUAGGGAACCUACGGAAAAGCCCUGGACGGGAGAUACCGGCCGCCAACCCAGCCGCCCAUCUUCCGCACAGCCCUAUAUCCGCGGCCGUGCUCGCCGAGAAACUGCGAGGAUGGGGCCAAUUUACAGAUCGGAACUACAACAACAGGAUGGAGCCUUUCUACCCAAACUUCGUCGCAGGGGUCUACCAACCGGUCGACCACCGUGACUCGGACACGGAUACCAAUGACGGCGCACCCCCCUGCCGGGACUCGGUCCUGUCAGACCGGAGCCCCACACCACCCAGCUUCAGCCCAAUCCUCAGCCUCCAGUCACGCGAAGCUCGUAACGGCGACUUCAUCUCCACCGUGCCGUGGUCGCCGGACGCAAGCAUUGCAGUUAGCGGCGAGCCACCUGCGGCGUUUGCAGUUGGAGCAUCGGGGGACGAGGACGACGACUCGACAGCACCCACGGUGGCCCGUUUGGCACGGCUGCAGGUCUUCGAAUCCGGCGAACCGGGGACGGCAACAGUUCACCGUUCGGUGGAUGCUUGGAUCCAGAGCCAGGAUCACCACGCGUUCGCACCCGGCUACCUUGGGCAAUGCCGACGGGAAGCCGAACGAUGCCCCUCGGGAAGCCCGAUGUCUUCCGAUGACUCCUCUGUGGCGAUGGACGGUCGCUUUGGAGCCUGGCAACUUCGCGCGCCCCAACAGCCGGUCAUCGACGAAGCCAACCGGGCCUGGGAGGACUACGGCGGCUACGUCAACCCAGAGCCUGGGGAAGCCGACGGUUUCGUAGACCCGCCACCGCCGGCCCUACCAGAGGCAUCGCCCGGACCACCACCAGAGCGGCCCCCGAGGGCAUCUCCCAGAACGCCGCGACAGACGUCACCCCCAGGAGGUGGAAGCCACUAUACCAGUCCGCUACCACGAACGCCCGGACGUUUGCAAAGCUCCCCACGAACCCCGGAAGGGAUGUUUCGACCGCACAGCCAGCGAUCGCCGCACCCAAUAUCACCGGGUCUGGGCACCUCUGCGCGCGCCGUACCGCAAACUCCCGGCCGCACGAUCGCACCAAGCAAGCUGGGCUGGGAACCGGACCUGAAAUUGUUCCUCAGCAGGGAAGAGGAGGAUGAGGUCCUGCAAGCCCUCCGGGAGUGUCCGGACGCUGGACAAGUUAUGGAGGAGGCCCAGUGGAUCGUCGCCCCAGUCGUCUGGAGGGGCUGGAAAACCACCCAGUGUUGGUCAACCGAGGGCCAACAGCUGAUAGUGCCGAUAGCGAUAGGCGGGAGGUUCGGUAAGAAACUGUGUUGGGAAACGAAGAAACCCGGCAAGCCGGGCUUACAUGCGGCCGCAAGGGCGGAAGCUCGCUCUCAUUCUCGAAUGGCAGCCAAGGCGAUCAGACCUAGGAGCGGACUUCAACCCGGAGUGGUACAGCGGCACGAGCGUCGGCACGCCGGAUCCAAGGAGUAA